AUGGCAUCUAAAAAAAUCACCUUCGUCUUGGUUCUUUGCCUAUGCAUUCUCUUAUCGUCAGGGUUUGGAGAAGCAGCAUUAAAUCCAACAGGAAAACGAUGUCCAGAUCCAAAUGGUAAAGACAUAAAAAGUGAGUGUUCCAUCUACUGUAGCCAACAAGGAUUUAUGGGUGGUUCUUGUCAAGGCCACAAAGGUAACUAUAUGUGCAAGUGUUAUGAAGGAUAG